AUGGCCCCUCAGGACAAGAAGUGGGACGAUUCCGCCGAGCGCGACCUCUGCGUCUCCAUAAUUUACUGCAACAAUGAGUCCAAGGGUCGUACCAACUGGCCUCGCAUCGAGGAGGUCAUGAAUGGCCUUGGCUACUCGUUUACCAAGGACGCAAUGUCCCAACACUUCUCCAAAACCAUCAUGAAGGAAUUCAAAGCUCGUCAUCCCUCCCUGCCCACCUCCGCUUCCUCUUCGCCUCUUAGUGCCCGGAAGCCAAGGGCUGCUGCUGGAAAAGCUGCCACCAGCACUCCUUCCAAGAAGCGAACCAAGAAGAGUGCCACCAAGGACGCAAAGGAUCAGUUGAGCGACGGCGGAGAUGACGAUUUUGACUAUGAUUCCACCCCGUGCAAGAGAGUCAAGAAGGAGGAAAAGGACACCGCGGUCAAAAAGGAAGAAGCUGCAGAUGCUACUACCGAAACGUAA